AUGACUAGUGGAAUUGAAAAUCCAAUGAAUUCAACCAAAACAACAACAACAACAACAGGAAAUCAUCAAAAUUUCAAUGAAAAUCUAGAAAAUAGGAAAAAAAAUUCAUCAAAAUCAUUUAUGCAAUUGAAUAUAGAAACGAUACCUGAUUCAUUUCAGGCCAAAGUUUCUAUGAAACAUCAAUGUUAUCGUCUUGUACCUGAUACUAUAUUGAGUCCCAUUGAUGAUGAUGAUGCUGAAAAUGAUGUCAAAGACAAUAAUCAUCAUAAUUCUAAUAAUAAUAAUAAUGAUGAUCAUCUAACAAAAAAAUUCAUCAACAAACAAAUGUUCAAUAGUGAAUCUAAAAAUUUUUGUCAACAAAAAAAACAACGUCGCCAAUUGCCAAAAAUACCAUUGGAUAAAAAACCGUUUGGAAAAAUAUGGCAAAUGAACCUAGAUGAUGAUGAUGAUGAUCAUCAUCAUGAAAAUUUAGCAAAAAAUCUUCGUUGGAAAUUAACAAUGGCAAAUAUGUUAUUAGAAAUUAAAACAGAUUCAUAUACCGGUAAAACCCUUUCGAUUAAGAUGCUCAAUGAUGAUGAUGGUGGUGAUUAUGUUCAUGAUGAUGAUGAUAAAGAAGAGAAAAAUGGUGAUGAUUGUAAUAAAGAUGAAAUGACAACCGAACAAAAACCAUCACAAACAACGAAUCUAAAUUCAACAAUAUUUGAUCAUUCAUCAUCAUUGGAUUGGAGUCAUGAUGAUACAAUGUCGUUGGAAAUGACAAUGUUGUCAUCAACAUCGAAUGAUUAUGGAUCAUCAUUGACGACAACGGAUCAAUCUUCAAAUCAUCGACAACAUUUUUCUCGAUUAACUAACACUAGUAGUGAUUCAGGUGUUUCAUCCAACAUUGAUUCACCAUCUACAAUACCAUCAUUUAAUGAAAAAAUUGAAUUUUUUGAAUCUAAAUCAUCAAUGACAAGUACUGGCAAUAUUAUGGAUGAUUGUGGUAAAAAUUUCGCUGAUAAUGAACAGAAAUUACAAUCAGAAAUUUGCAAAAAGCCAAUGAACGAAUUGCCUGAUGCAACACAUAGAGCUCUGUUUAAAUUUUGUGCACGACAUUCAGAUGAAAUUGAUCUACAAAUUGGUGAUGCAAUCUAUUUGUAUGAAGAAUUUGAUGAUCAAUGGUCCGAUGGACUAAAUCUACGAACCGGUGAUCGUGGUAUAUUUCCAUCAUCAUUAAUUAUUGAUGUUAAUUAUUCAGAAUUUAUGUUUGAAACAACAGAUGGCAACCAGAUCAAUAAUCAAGAUUUUCCAUAUCCAUUUAUUGAUUUUCGUAUACAACGUGAUCGUUAUAAUUUAGAUUUUCUUGGAUCAAUCGAAGUUUUCAAAGCAAAAGGUGAAGAUGUACUUGAUGAUGCUAUACAACGUGUAUCGAUUGGUGUCCGACAACAACAACAACAACAACAACAUCAAUCAACAUGGAAAUCAUCCAUUGCAUUGAAUAUUCCAUUUCAUUGUUUACUUGAAAUAUCCGAUAUCGGUAUACGUAUGAUUGAUAAUUCCAUAACAACAACAGCAGCAACAACAACAACAACAACAACAAUGACUAAUGGAAACAAAUUUCAGAAUAAACAUGAUUAUUUCUUCGCUUUAGUGCAGAUCACCUAUUGUGGUUAUCAAUUUAAAAAUAAUGUCUAUUAUUUUGCAUUCAUCACUCGUCAUCCAACCAUACAGCAACGAUUUGCAUGUCAUGUUUUCAAAGGUGUUGAUUGUUGUCCAUCAAAUACUACUCGUGAUGUGGCUGAAGCCGUUGGCCGGGCAUUUCAUCGUUUCUAUAAUCGUUUUGUUCAGAUUACAUUACCAAUGGAUAUGAAAUUCAAUUAAUAAUAAUAACAAUUCAAAUUCAUCAUUCAUAAUUUGCAUCAAUUCAUUACUAAUCACGC